UAAAUCCUCGACUCCCAUUCAAACCAGCAGUCAGCAGUUUGUCUUCCUGCUGCUUCACAUGUACCUCACACUCACUCCGCUCCUCAGCUGAUAGCAGACCACAGAGGUCCACAGUGUAGACAGUAUCAUCGUCUUCAUUGAAAGAGAAUCGUUUCAUGGAGCUAUUUUUUGGUUGUUGUCAGUAGUUGUGUCAGCACACCGGGGGCUUUCUUUCUGCUCUCAGGGCCGUUUAUUCAUCAAUUAGGCGGAUCAAUCAUUAUGGCGUCCACUCUAGCUCCCGUGAGGGCAGAAAGCAGGCCGGCGUUCUCCAUUGAGCGGAUUCUUGGUUUGGAGCUGGGCAGACCUGGAAACUGCCUGAAACUCCACCGACCCUGGGCAGAGAUCGGAGCGGAGAAGGAGAACAGAGGAAACACUAUGUGCUCACAGCAACAGCAACAACAUCAUCGUCAUCAUCACCCUCAGCAGCCAAACUCUCCCAGGCCGACAUCAAACUGGUAUAUCGGACGCAGACCACGCACUGCCUUCACCAACAGCCAGGUGAACGUGCUGGAGACAGUGUUUCAGGUGAACCCUUAUCCAGGGAUCCAGCUGAGGGAGCAGCUGGCAGGGAGGCUGGACCUGGACGAGGACAGAAUACAGAUCUGGUUUCAGAAUCGGCGGGCCAAGCUAAGGCGUUCCCUCAGAGAAAGCCGUCUGCAGCUGGUUCAGACAGCCGUGGCUGACCUCGGGGUCAUAGGUCAACUGAAGGCAGAGGGGGGUGUGCGAGGCGACCUGGAGCUCGCCCGGCGGCUCGCCUCUCGUCUGCAGCUUGAGGUGGAGGAAGAGGAGGAGUGAUGCUGAUGAACUCGCCCUGUUUCUGCAUGC